AUGCACCGAGGACUCUCGAUCGCGCACCUGCUCUUAGCGCUGCAGCUGGCGCAGCUCCCAGCCGUCCCCGAGGGAAAGACCGACGGAAGGACGGUGGUGCUGGGCAAAGCAGGGGACCCAGUGGAACUGCCCUGCGAGGCUUCGCGGAAAAUGAGCUUGCCCUUCACCUGGAAACACUCGAACGACGUCAUGAUCUUGGGAAAUAGGAACUCCUUCAUGGCUACAGGUUCCUCCCAUCUGAAGGACCGUGUUGACUCAAAAAAAUCCAUGUGGGAUCAAGGAUCCUUUCCCCUGAUCAUCAAUAAGCUUGAAGUGAAAGACUCCGGGACCUACAUUUGUGAAAUGCAAAAUAGAAGGACGGAGGUGGAGCUGCAGGUGUUCAAAGUGACAGUCAAUCCAGGCACGCACCUGCUGCAGGGGCAGAACCUGACGCUGACCUUGGAGAGCCCAUCUCGUCAUAACCCCUCAGCGCAAUGCAAGCGUCCAGGGAACAGAAUUGUCAGUGGGGCCAAGGUCCUCUUCGCGCCAAACGUGGGGUUCCAGGACAGUGGUCCCUGGCAGUGCACCCUCACCCAGGACCGGCAGAGCCUGACUUUUGACAUUCACAUCUCAGUGCUGGGUUUCCAGAAGACCCACAGCACAGCCUAUAAGAAGGAAGGCGAGCCGGUAGAGUUCUGCUUCCCACUGAACUUUGAAGAAGAAACCCUGCAUGGAGAGCUGAGGUGGCAAGCCGAGAAGGCUCCCGCCUCCAAGUCCUGGAUCACCUUCUCCUUGGAGAACAAGAAGGUGUCUGUGAAAAAGUCUACCCAAGACCCCAGCCUCCAGCUGGCCGACACGCUCCCACUCUGCCUCAAGCUGCCCAAGGUCUUGCCCCAGUAUGCCGGUUCUGGGACCCUAACUCUGAAUCUUACCAAAGGAACACUGAUUCAGGAAGUGAAGCUCGUGGUGAUGAGAGUGACUCAGUCCCCGAACAGUUUGAUGUGUGAGGUGUGGGGACCCACCUCCCCCAAGCUGAAGCUGAGCUUGAUGCUGGAGAACCAGGAGCCCCGUGUCUCCAAGCAGGAGAAGGUCAUUCAGGUGCAGGCCCCUGCGGCGGGGCUGUGGCGGUGUCGGCUGAGUGACGGGGAUGAGAUGGUGAUGGACUCCGAGACGCAGGUUUUGCCCGCUGAGUGGAACCAGGACCAGCCCAUGUUCCUGGCUAUUGUGCUGGGGGGCACAUUCGGCUUUCUGGCCUUCGCUGGCCUCUGCAUCCUCUGCUGCGUCAAGUGUCGGCACAAGCGGCGCCAGGCAGAGCGGAUGUCUCAGAUCAAGAGGCUCCUCAGCGAGAAGAAGACGUGCCAGUGCCCCCACCGGCUGCGGAAGACUCAGAAUCUCAUGUGA